CCCGGGCGCAGGCAGCGCAGCCAUGGCCGGGCGGCUGGUGAACGGGACGCAAGUGUCUUACAUUGGCCAGGAUUGCAAAGAAAUUCCAGAAUUCCUUGGGAAAAAAUAUGGAAGCAUUGCGAAAAGGCUGGACCUCAGCUUCAACUUAUUAAGAUCUCUGGAAGGACUGCAGGCCUUCAACAGCUUGGAAGAGCUCAUUCUGGACAACAAUCUUCUCCAAAGUGACCUUCGCUUACCCAGCAUGCCACACCUUCAUACCCUGAUGCUCAACAAGAACCAAAUAUCAGAAUUGGAGGGUUUGCUGGAUCACUUGGCUGAAGUGGCACCUUCCCUGGAGUUCCUUAGUUUGCUGGGAAAUUCAGCCUGUCCAAAUGAGCUCGUCUGCAAAGACAAAGAUGAGGGAGACUACCAGAGAUACAGGCAUUUUGUCCUGCAUAAAUUAACCAACCUGAAGUUCCUGGAUUCUCGAAAAGUCAGCAGCAAGGAACGCGAAGAGGCGCUUGUGAGGGGAGCCUUUAUGAAAGUGGUGAAGCCCCCGGAUAAGGAGGAUUCCAUGGAAGAUGUUUCUACCUCAGCUCAGAUGUCCUACACACCCCUGCCUUCCGGAACAAGGAACCUCACCCACCACAGAGGUGUUCUGGGGAAAUGCCGCUAUAUCUACUAUGGGAAGCAUUCAGAAGGCAACCGAUUCAUUCGUGAUGACCAGCUUUGAGACCAAAAGGUCUACAUUGCCCUAGCUGUUGGCAUGUGCUACCCAACACAUCUUCCAUUUGCAUCUGCAGAUCAACCCAAGUAGUGGUACGCACCGCACACCCACACAGACACCCACAGCGUUCAAUUGGUCGAAGGGAAAGAAAGAGGAAGUGCAAAUCAGAGUCCUCCAGUAUCUCCUGCUGACUUUGCUGGGCCUGUCAUAAAGCAUCCUUCUGCUUGAGCGUGAGUAGACACAUAGAUUUUGACAGGAUUGCCUCUAAGCAGGUUCCAUCUACCCCGGUGACAGACGGCUGCAGGAAAGCACCAGAUCUGACAGCAGGGACACCAUGAUGGAUUGCCUGACCCAAAUGUUGCUUACAAAAGAGCAAAAGGUCACACCUGGGUCUCGCUGAGCAUGCUCAGACAGUCAGCCUGUUGAGUGUGAAAUCUACACCACGUCUGUCGAGAAAGAAUGGUACAAUUGGAGCAGUUAAAGGGCAUCACUUCCUUAUCCGACUUUAUUUUCCACAAAAAUUAAUUUUUUCAGGUGGGCUUACAAAAAAUGUGUGGAGAGCACGGCGGGGUGUGUGCUGCUUGCAGAGAAAAAUAAAUAUGAUUUAACUGUAA